AUGGACAGUCCUCGUGGUCGAGGUCCCCUCCCCGCACCCGGUGAUUUCGGCUUCUUGGAGCUUUGGAGAAGACAAGUACGAUUCUGCCCAAACUGCUUCCUCCUGCACGCGCUGGACACAGCACGUCUGAGCAGUCAGAGGCAACUGGAAACCAUCUGUGUCACGGUAACGUCUGGAGAAACGAAAGGUCAGGAAAGGCCGAAGCCCCAGCUGGCCACUGUCUAUCCCAGGACAGCCCGGCCGACCCAGCCGCCCGGAAGGCAGUGCCGCGUGUUGGGGCUCAGCGUCGCCAGCCCUCAGCUGCCCAGGGCACAGCUCCUCCUGAGCGCCCGGCCGCAGCCUCCUGUCCAGGUGCUGCUCCAGAGGCCACUGCCCGCCCUCCAGCCGGUCCCUGCGGUGAGACUUGUGGCCCCCCAGGCGCCAAAUGGACUCGGCGCCACGUCGGCUCCUCAGUCAGCCUCCGACCAGCCAGCAGUAACAUCUGUUUCAUCCAGUUCAGCAAAUUUAUUUAUUUCCAACUUGCAUACAAAACACACUGAGAAACUAAAAAAACCUUUCAAAGUGAAAACACGUUCUGGGCGGAUAUCUCGACCUCCCAAGUAUAAAGCCAAAGAUUAUAAAUUCAUACGGAUGGAGGAUUUGGCCGACAGCCACCCGUCCGACUCGGACGAUUAUUCAGAACUGAGUGUGGAAGAGGAGGAGGAGCAGAGGGACAAGCAGGCGCUCUUUGACUUGCCGAGCAGCUCCCUGAGGCCCAGAGCCUUCAGGUGUCAGACGUGUGGAAAGUCAUACAUAGGGAACGGGGGACUGGCCCGGCACUUUAAACUCCAGCCGGGCCACGGCCAGCCCCAGCCAGAGCCCCAGCCGGAGUCGUUGCUGUCUGAGAAAGCCAAGGGGAGCAUGGCCCGGGGCUGUGCGGAGGGCAGGCCCCGUGGCCCCACGUCCCCGGGACCGUCCACACCAGCUCCUCUGAGUGUGGAAGGGGCCCCGUCAGCUCGGGGUGGCCUGCAGAACGGUCAGCCUAUGGAAGUGGAAGCGGCGCAGGUGACGGAACCAGCAGAUGAACGUUACUCAGCCCUUUGGGAAUCAGAGAGACGCCCCGGACCUGAAAGGGGCUACGCCCCGGCCCCCGCGGGCCAGAGUCGAGCUGCCAGGAGCAGAGCCAGGCUCCAGGAGGUUCUGCAGCAGUGUGCGCUCGAGGACCUCGUGGAGUUGGCUCUGCCCCGGCUGGCCCAGGCCGUGACCGUGUAUGAAUUUCUACUGACGAAGGUUGAGAAAGGUCAUCUAGCACAGCCUUUGUUCCCAGCCGUGUACAAGGAGUUUGAAGAGUUGCAUCAGAUGGUUAAAAAAAUGUGUCAGGAUUACCUCCGAGGCCCCAGCCCGCGUUCUCAGGAGCCCCUGGAAAUAAAGGAUCCCGAGGUUGCUGAGUCCUUGGGAAUCACGGAGGAAUUCCUGUGCAAGGAAGAAACACACACAGACGGCAUCCGACACACGUGCAGCGGCCGGGAGGCGGCCAGCCCGCCGAAGAGGAGAAUGAGACCGCAGGGGAGACGCUGACUUCAGCGAAAAGGCCCAGAAGGGCAACUCUGCCCCAGGAGCCCCCCGAGGCUUCCGCCUGCAGCGGCGGCCAGAGGACACCGGCGGAGUCCCCGGGCGGCCAGCAAGGGUUAGCCCCUCGAGUCAAUGGGACCGCCUGUCCCCGUCGUGAGGAAGGCCACACCACACCGAGGUCUGCGGGCGACAGCAGCACGGGCUGGGCCAGCAGCUGAAAGCGCUUGCCGGGGUAGCAGCCAGGAGCCUGUGUGUGGAGC